CCAUUGAGGCGUGGAGGAAAGGGGGGGAGGUGUCUGUGUGUGUGUGUCAUGGGCUGCACGCUGUGCGCACUGCGCUCCAAGGACGAGCAGUACAAGCUGCUGUAUGAAGUUUGCCAGGUGGGCGGCAAGGACUCCGGCAAGGCAGUGCACGGGGACGAGGAGGCGGCGGUGGCGGAGGCGGCGCUGCUGCGGGCGGCGCGCGACCCCGUCGUGGUGGAGGUGCUGCGCAGGGGCCGCCCCUCGCUGGCCCCACCGAGGCCACCGGGCGGACGCGCCCGCACGGACGCCAGCACGCAGACCGAGUUGCCACCCUCGCCAAGCGGGCCGCGCAGCCCGGCCACGCCGCCCCUGCCCAACGUGCAUCCUCUGCUGCUGGCCCAGGGCCUCUGUGAGCUGCCACCCGAAUACUUUGACUCAAGUGACUACCUUCCCAGCAUGCAACAGGACGCCCACCAUGCGGAGGGUCUGGAGUACGAGGAGGUGGAUUUGCACCGUGGCUCAAGCCGGGAGCGGCUAGGCCUCACCGUGUGCUACCGCACGGAGGACGAGGACGACGCCGGCAUCUACGUAAGCCAGGUGAAUCCCAACAGCAUCGCAGCACGAGACGGACGCAUCAGAGAGGGCGACAGAAUCCUCCAGAUCAAUGGGCUGGACGUGCACGACCGGCGGCAGGCGGUGGCGCGCCUCACCCAGGAGGAGGGCACCGACGUGUCGCUGCUGCUGGCACGGCCCGACACGCAGCUCGAAGACGGCUGGGUGGAGGAGGAGCACCGAGCAAUGAUGGAGACCCUGAGGGUGGAGAUACUGCAGGACGAGCGGCUGGAGCCCAUCGCUUACAUCGGCUCCAGUCUCAUCCAGGCGAGGGCGCCCCCGGACGACGACGCGGGCCUCACGGACUCGGUGUCGCACGGCCACGGCAAGGACAGCGGCCUGGGCCGCACGGACGAGAGCUCGGAGCACGACGGCGGCGUUGGCGUCGGCGCUGGGGGCGCCCCCCCGUCGUGCGCAGGGCCCCGCGGUGGCAGCGGCGUCGGCUCAGAUCUGCGGCGCCACCUGCGGACGAAGGCGGGGACGGCGUGCGGCGUGGCCGACGUGCGGCGCGAGAUCGCGCUGCUGCACGACGAGCUGCGGCGCUUCGAGCUGCGCGUCCAGAGCCACGGCCACGGCGCCGCGGCCGCCGCCGUGGCCGCGGCCGCCGCCGUAUCGCCGCGCGACGUCGGCACGGAACCAGGACUCGCGAACAUCGCCGAGCUGCCCGAGGGCCACGACCCGGAUCCUGCCUCCGCCGCUUUUGCGACGGCGCCGUCGCCACAGGCGGACGGGGAAGCCGGCGGGAGCUCGCCGCCCGGCGGCCGCGACCCUCGCCAGGGCCCUCGCGGCUCGAACGACGCCGGAGCGACGACCCGAGCUCGGCCCGCGGCAAGUGCCGGGCGAUGCCGACCGGAGAGGGCGGCGGCGGCGACGGCGGCGGCGACGGCGGCCAGCGCGGACGCGGGCGCGGACGGCGCCCCCGUCCCGCUGCACGCGCGCCACUACCGCAGCUACAUGCAGCUGGUGCAGCAGAAGUCGGCGGUGGAAUACGCACAGAGCCAGCUGAGCCUGGCCAGCCUGUGCCGGUUCGAGCGCCGCGAGGCCGGCGCCGCGCGGCCCCUGCCGCAGUCCGCGUCGGCGCCGGCCUCUCCGUACGAGUGGAAGGUGAAGGCGUGCGGCGGUGGCGGCGCGGCAGGGCGAGGAGGGCCGGGCGGCGCGGAGGGCUCGCGAUGCCUGACGGCGCGGAGGCCCGUGCGGGACCGGCUCCUGCGGCAGCGCGCGCUCAGGAUCCGCGAGGAGCGCAGCGGCGUCACCACGGACGACGACGUGCUCAGCGAGAUGAAGACCGGGCGCUACUGGAGCAAGGAGCAGCGCAAGCAGCAGCUGGUGCGGGCGCGCGAGCAGCGGCGGCGACGCGAGUUCAUGCAGCGCUGCCGCCUCGACUGGCUCGGGGAGAAGGUGGCUCCCGCAGCGGAUGCAGCGGCAGCGGCGGCGGCGGCGGCAGCAGCCAUGGCGUCGGCCACGGCAGCCGCUGCGGGCGUCGGUGACGCAGUGCCGGCGGCCGUGCCUCCCUCGGACUUCGCUGGCCAUGCGCGCGAGCUGAGCAUCCUCGAGCUGAGUCACCGCAAAAUGAUGAAGAAGCGCAACAAAAAGAUUUUGGACAACUGGAUGACCAUCCAGGAGAUGCUCGCCCACGGGCAGAAGUCGCCCGACGGAAACGGCAAGGUGUACAACCCCCUGCUGUCGGUCACCACCGUGUGACGGGACCCGCGGUGGCCGCGCAUCCAACCGCUGGCGCCGGGGGGGGGGGUGGAGCGAACUUCCACUGCGUCGAGGGACGUGCAGCAUCGAGGCCUUGGACUGUCAUGGAGCGCGCCGGCCAAGUUGGUGCUCGCGAGCGUGCUUCCCGAGCUGCUGUCAUUUGCAAACACAUUUUGUGGAUGGUGGGCGCACGAGCUGCCACAUUCCUCACACUGAAGACCAGGCCACAUGUAAACGUGAUGCUUAGGCUAACGUGAUGCACGUUAGAAUUCAUGGGAAACACACCCCAAAAAGCCAUUAGUAAUUUAUGUCAAUGUCAAAUCGGUACUGAUUCAGGCAACGGGGUUGUUUAAACCGGAUUUUCUGUUACUCUAGGGUCCAGCAGAUGCUCCACCAUGGACCCGGCAUGCAUCCACGAUGUGUGGAUGCGCCGAUGCCAGAACAGCGUGUUGGUGAUUACAAGCCAUGAGCUGCACAGAAGUCUAGCAGCCUCCUAUUGUUAUUGAGCUGAUCUGGCCCAUGCCUUACAAUAACUGCAGCCCAGGUGCCUGCAACAUAACCCACAAGGGCAUUACAGUCACUCGACAGGAUGACUAUUCCGAGGGCCCACUUUAGCCAGCACCUGUCACAGGUGGUUAUAGAAGGCAUCUGAGUCUUAAUCUUCAGUGGGGACAGAAGCCACUCCACCACCAAUCCCCGCCUCCCGUUGAUGGGGAGGCAAGCCCACAACAGCCUCGUACUCAUAGCCACCCACACCUUGCAUCCAUGCUCCCACGCUCCCUUAAUUAUUUUGUUCCGAGGGAGAGCCACUCACUACCCCGAAUGGAGGACUGUCCACCUCUCGUGAUAACUGGAGGCAGAACAAGUCCACAGGACCUGUCAUCCACAGAGGUCUAGAUGGUACCAGUCCAGCUCCUGACAGAGGAAUGGCAGCAUCUCCCCCACGUGGCCAACCGCAAUGGGUCCCUGCCGUUUGCUGGCUCCGCCAAAUUGAGUUGGUUUAGAAGACGUCGUGAAUGCCUUAUCCUCCGUGGCCUCCCACACCAGCACAAGCUAAUCGGGAGUAUCCACCAAACUAUAUUCACAGAGAGACACACCUCGUACAACCCCAUCCCAUACCUACUCGCGCUCACCUCCACCUCACACCGCAUUCACCCUCGCAAAUCACUGCAACUCACACUACACUGCACACCAGACACACGUCAUUAUACACGACAGUGCUCCACACUACGUGUAAAAGAAAACAAAGAUCCCCCGUAUAGCCUUAACAGACUGUAGGGGCAAGUGCUGUUAGCGAGCACCUAUGAAGGCUGGCACGGCACACGAGGGGGUGGGUGGCCAACACCACGCCCGGCCGCCUUU